UCCAGAACUCGUAUUUAUUAUUUUAUUUUUUUAGCCUGCUUUUUCACACCUGCACCAAUGCAAUUCAAACUAUUCCCCUUCGCCCUCAUCAUCCUGAACUGUGUGGAUUACAGCCAAUGCCAAGCAAACCGCUGGAGACGGAGCAAGAGAGGCGGGCUCCGGUCACCCUCAGCCAGCUAUGGAACGAAUCCAAUCUGCAAAGGUUGUCUGUCAUGUUCAAGAGACAAUGGUUGCAUCCGCUGCCAACCCAAACUGUUUUUCUUUCUGCGAAGAGAAGGGAUGAGACAGUACGGAGAGUGUUUACAUUCCUGUCCUCCCGGAUACUACGGACUAAGAGCACCUGACAUGAACAGAUGUUCCAGGUGCAGAAUCGAGAAUUGUGAUGCUUGUUUUAGUAGAGACUUUUGCACAAAGUGCAAAGACGGUUAUUACUCUCACAAAGGACGUUGUUUUAAGGAAUGUCCAGACGGUUUUGCACCAUUGGACGAGACUAUGGAAUGUGUAGAUGGAUGUGAGGUAGGACCUUGGAGUGAUUGGGGAACAUGCAGUAGAAAUAACAGAACAUGUGGGUUCAAGUGGGGCCUGGAGACAAGGACACGACAGAUAGUGAAGAAGCCAGCAAAAGACACAAUUCCUUGCCCGACCAUUGCGGAGUCUAGAAGAUGUAAAAUGGCACAGAGACACUGCCCGGGAGGCAAGAGAACAAUGAAAAAGAAGGAAAAAAAGAACAAAAAGAAAAAGAAGUUACUUGAAAGGGCCCAGGAACAACACAUCGUUUUUCUCUCCACGGACCGGACCAGCCAAUAAAAAGACAAUUCAUCACCCCGCCCCCUUUUUUUAUUUUUAUUUGCUAAGUGCACAAAGGCUGCUACAUGCUCUUGCACACAAAUGGACUGCAGAAUGGCUGCUUUAACAGUAUUGGUUACAAAUAUCUUGUGAAAGUAUCACAAACCUAUUUGUGUUAUUUAUACUUAAAUUUUGUUUAUUUUUUUUGUCCUCUGAUUUUGGAAUCCCGAAGGGUUGAAAAUACUGAGUUGAAUCAGUGACAUACUGUAGAUGUGUCAAAGACUAUUUUUUUUUAAUUAUCUUUUGUAUUUGUAUUUGUAUUUUUUUUUUAUUCAGUGCCUAUAAUGU